AUGGCGAGCGUGAUCAACAACCUUUUUGGGGCCAAGCCCUCCGCCAACCCGGAGUCGACUCAGGCUGCCGGUGAUGCUGACUUCGCCGACUUCGACCAGGCCGCUGACCCGUCUCCGGCUCCCAUCGUGCCCGAGACCUCGAUGGCGAACACGUUUUGGUGCCGCGCAGACCAUACAGCCCUACACCAAGUGGCCAAGAAGUGGAUGCGCGCCCAUGCCGCGCCCCUGACGUCCGAGUUUGCGUCUGUCGGCUUUACCGGCGUGCCCCCGUCCGUGGCGGACAAGAAGGGGGACGAGCUGCUCCAAGCCCUUAUUGACACGAACACGCGCCAAGGCGACAGCUUGAUCAGGGAGAACAGCCUUUUCGAGUUCGCCACCUACGCGACCGGCCGCGCCAACGUUGCCUUCCUCGAUGUCAAGCUCACCCUCGUGAAGCGCUUCAACCCGCUCACCGUUCUCUUCGAGACCGCCUUUGCUUUCUUCACCGACGUCGCCACCGAGACUCAGGAUAUCCUCGAGGCCACGCUGUAUCCCUUCGAUGGCAAGGAGGCGCUCACCGUCCCCGGCAUGCCCGGUGCCGCCGAGUUGCGCAGCAAGGAUAGCAAGAGCGCCUUCGACGGCUUCGUGUGGGCCCUCGUCCACAAGGAGCGCAUGAAGCAGGUCCGCGACGACCGCUUUGACGUGUCCCUCACCGUGACCAAGGACCACGCCAAGCUCCCCAACUGGCUGACUGUCAUGACCGAAAGCGCCGAGAUCACCGACGCUCUGCUAACUCCGGAGCUGAUCAAGGCCGCCGGGCUUGCGGGAGACCUGUUGGAGUACCUCAUCAUCACGGACCAGCCGGUUGAGAAGCCCAAGACCCUCAACGACACGACCCCCCGCAAGCGCGUCCACCUCCGGUACCGCCUGCCGUCGGACAACGACUACAGCAAGCUGGUGCCGUUGUUCAAGUACUUUUUGCGCGUCACGGACCGGCUGGUGCAGGCCCCGCGGUUUCGGCCCGAGGUGCUGCGCAAGGUCAAGGCGGCGCGCGACGCGACGGCGCGGCAGAUCCAGAAGGCCGACGAGGAGGAGCGUGCCGAGGAGCGCGCCGCCGAGCGAGAGCGCCUCAAGAAGGCCAAGCGCGACCAGGAGCUCAACGCCCUCGACGCCAAGGCCCAGAAGAAGUACCUCGAGCGCGAGCGCGAGAAGGAGAUGAAGAAGAGUAUGAAGAAGCAGACUACCAGGGCGUAG